AGACACACACCAGUGGCGACAGGGGAGAGUUGGAAAGACGCAGGAGAGAAGCAGGAGGCAGGAGGCAGCGGGGAUGGAGCAAUGGGAGCGGGAAGCAGGCAGGUUUCCUUGCAAAUCCCCCUCCGGCCUCACGCCGCCUCGCCGGCCCCGGCAGGGGAGCGAGGACCCCGGCGAACAGAUGGAGGAGUGGAGCUCGCUCUAGGCAGCUGGGCUUGGCCGGAGAAUGGAGGAGCCACCAAGCGACCGGCUGAUUGGAAGAGAAACGCAGAGCGAUGGAGGCGGGGGUAGGAGGACGAUUUCUCUGCGGGGACUGGCGGCGGCGUACACGCCCGGGUCGGGCGCUGCAGAGCUUGGCUGGCUUUCAACCCGCGCUCGCCGGCUCCAGCCCCGCGCGCCCCCACCCCUAGCCCUCCCGGCGGCUCCGCAGGGUGAGGUGGCUUUGACCCCGGGUUGCCCGGCCAGCACGACCGCGGAGGUGGCUGGACAGCUGGAGGAUGAACGGAGAAGCCGACUGCCCCACAGACCUGGAAAUGGCCGCCCCCAAAGGCCAAGACCGUUGGUCCCAGGAAGACAUGCUGACUUUGCUGGAAUGCAUGAAGAACAACCUUCCAUCCAAUGACAGCUCCAAAUUCAAAACCACCGAAUCACAUAUGGACUGGGAAAAAGUUGCAUUUAAGGACUUUUCUGGAGACAUGUGCAAGCUCAAAUGGGUGGAGAUUUCUAACGAGGUGAGGAAGUUCCGUACGUUGACAGAAUUGAUCCUCGAUGCUCAGGAACAUGUUAAAAAUCCUUACAAAGGCAAAAAACUGAAGAAACACCCAGACUUCCCAAAGAAGCCCCUUACCCCUUAUUUCCGCUUCUUCAUGGAGAAGCGGGCCAAGUAUGCGAAACUCCACCCUGAGAUGAGCAACCUGGACCUAACCAAGAUUCUGUCCAAGAAAUACAAGGAGCUUCCGGAGAAGAAGAAGAUGAAAUAUAUUCAGGACUUCCAGAGAGAGAAACAGGAGUUCGAGCGAAACCUGGCCCGAUUCAGGGAGGAUCACCCCGACCUAAUCCAGAAUGCCAAGAAAUCGGACAUCCCAGAGAAGCCCAAAACCCCCCAGCAGCUGUGGUACACCCACGAGAAGAAGGUGUAUCUCAAAGUGCGGCCAGAUGCCACUACGAAGGAGGUGAAGGACUCCCUGGGGAAGCAGUGGUCUCAGCUCUCGGACAAAAAGAGGCUGAAAUGGAUUCAUAAGGCCCUGGAGCAGCGGAAGGAGUACGAGGAGAUCAUGAGAGACUAUAUCCAGAAGCACCCAGAGCUGAACAUCAGUGAGGAGGGCAUCACCAAGUCCACCCUCACCAAAGCUGAACGCCAGCUCAAGGACAAGUUUGAUGGGCGACCCACUAAGCCACCUCCGAACAGCUACUCGCUGUACUGUGCAGAGCUCAUGGCCAACAUGAAGGACGUGCCCAGCACGGAGCGCAUGGUGCUGUGCAGCCAGCAGUGGAAGCUGCUGUCCCAGAAGGAGAAGGACGCCUAUCACAAGAAGUGUGACCAGAAAAAGAAAGAUUACGAGGUGGAGCUGCUCCGUUUCCUGGAGAGCCUGCCUGAGGAGGAGCAGCAGCGGGUCCUGGGGGAGGAGAAGAUGCUGAACAUCAACAAGAAGCAGGCCACCAGCCCCGCCUCCAAGAAGCCAGCCCAGGAAGGGGGCAAGGGCGGCUCCGAGAAGCCCAAGCGGCCCGUGUCGGCCAUGUUCAUCUUCUCGGAGGAGAAGCGGCGGCAGCUGCAGGAGGAGCGGCCUGAGCUCUCCGAGAGCGAGCUGACCCGCCUGCUGGCCCGAAUGUGGAACGACCUGUCUGAGAAGAAGAAGGCCAAGUACAAGGCCCGGGAGGCGGCGCUCAAGGCUCAGUCGGAGAGGAAGCCCGGCGGGGAGCGCGAGGAACGGGGCAAGCUGCCCGAGUCCCCCAAGAGAGCUGAGGAGAUCUGGCAACAGAGUGUCAUCGGCGACUACCUGGCCCGCUUCAAGAAUGACCGGGUGAAGGCCUUGAAAGCCAUGGAAAUGACCUGGAAUAACAUGGAAAAGAAGGAGAAACUGAUGUGGAUUAAGAAGGCAGCCGAAGACCAAAAGCGAUACGAGAGAGAGCUGAGUGAGAUGCGGGCACCUCCAGCUGCUACAAAUUCUUCCAAGAAGAUGAAAUUCCAGGGAGAACCCAAGAAGCCUCCCAUGAACGGUUACCAGAAGUUCUCCCAGGAGCUGCUGUCCAAUGGGGAGCUGAACCACCUGCCGCUGAAGGAGCGCAUGGUGGAAAUAGGCAGCCGCUGGCAGCGCAUCUCCCAGAGCCAGAAGGAGCACUACAAAAAGCUGGCCGAGGAGCAGCAAAAGCAGUACAAGGUGCAUCUGGACCUCUGGGUCAAGAGCCUGUCUCCCCAGGACCGUGCAGCAUAUAAAGAGUACAUCUCCAACAAACGUAAGAGCAUGACCAAGCUGCGAGGCCCAAACCCCAAAUCCAGCCGGACGACUCUGCAGUCCAAGUCGGAGUCCGAGGAGGAGGAUGAAGAGGAUGAGGAUGAUGAGGAUGAGGAUGAAGAAGAGGAAGAUGAUGAGAAUGGGGACUCCUCUGAAGAUGGCGGCGACUCCUCCGAGUCCAGCAGCGAGGACGAGAGCGAGGAUGGGGAUGAGAAUGAAGAGGAUGAUGAGGACGAAGAUGAUGACGAGGAUGACGAUGAGGAUGAAGACAACGAGUCCGAGGGCAGCAGCUCCAGCUCCUCCUCCUCAGGGGACUCCUCAGACUCUGACUCCAACUGAGGCUCAGCCCCACCCCAGGGCAGCCAGGGAGAGCCCAGGAGCUCCCCUCCCCAACUGACCACCUUUGUUUCUCCCCCAUGUCCUGUCCCCUGCCCCCCUGGCAUCCCCCACUUUCUUUCUUUCUUUUUAAAAAAAAAAAAAAAUACGGUGGGGGUAGGGGGCUGGAGGAGCCCAGGCCAGGACUCUGCAGCCUCAGAGACAUCAGCCCUUGGGGGUCCUCCUCCAGGGACAGCAACCAUCAGACUAAGCCAGCACCGGACCAGCCUGGCCCACCCCACCGACUUCUCUGCACUUGCAGUUCCGGCAUGGACAGUGUACCGGAGAGUGGGGGUGGGGGGGGUCCCAAAGAGUUCGACGAGGCCCUCCACACCUGCGGCCCAAUCCAAGGUGGGGUGGAAGCUUGGGGAAGACGCAUUCCUUCCCAGAGGGGCCUGCCACCUGGACCCCUGCAUUGGAACUGGAGGCAGGGAAUGUGGGGAGAGGAGGGCUGGUGCCUUCGAGAAAACAGGCGCUGCCCUGGUGGCCCUCUCCCCUGCCCCCUGCAGGAAGGAGCUGCCUGGACCCAUUCAUGGGGGAGGGGGCAGAAGUGUUUUUUAUAUAUGUGUAUAUAUUUUUUUUUAAGCUCUGAGCUGUCAACGAGACGUUUCCUACCGAUCUCGGCUGCCGUCUCUGUUGUCAUUUCUGGGAGAGGGAGGGUUUAGGGGUAGGUUUGGAACCUUUUAAAAAUGGUCUUGAUGUGUGUGGAAGAGAGUAUGUGUAUGUGUGUUCCUGUACAUAGCAUGGGUGCAGCUGUGGAUGUGUGCAAAAGAGUGUGUGUGUGUGUGUGUGUGUAAGGGGGUCUGUCCUAGAGCCCACAUCAGUUUGUUGUGAAUCUGGAAAAAGGGUCGGUGAGAGCCGGGAGAUGUUGACCCUGGUGGGAGCAGACUGAGGCUAUCCCAUUCUCCACAUCCUCUGUUUUGCCCAGUCUCUGAUUCCACUGGGGGAGUGUGCCGAAGCCACUCUAGGAUGCUUCCCAGACCAGGCUCCCUCUGCCAGGGUCACAUGCAUCCGAGCUGCUGGUCUCCAUUGUCCAGCAGGAAGGCUUCCGGAAAGACAGGCAAGAUGGUGUGAAGCUUAAAGCUUGUAUUUGGUGGAAAAGGCCUCCCCUGCUCAUCUGAGGGGCCAAGCCUGGCCACCCUAGGCUCAGAACCUGGGCUUCAAGAAAUGUGCUGGGAGCUCCUAUCUUACACAUCCCUCCAGCUUUCCUUAAAUCCUCCCACCACCCCCUAUUUCCUUUAAUUUCUCAGGUCUGCUCCCUCCUCCCCCAACCCCACAGCUGGGCAAGAAGUCUGCAAAAGCUGCUUCUCAGCUGUCUCUAAUUCUUCCCAGCCAUUUCCCAAAUUUUUUGGUACCUUAUUCCUCUUAAUAAGCCAAGUCACCUUAUAUCUGUAGUUCUUACUUUUUUGUUGACUAAAUUUGGAGGGUUCUUUUUUUUUUAUGAUCAUGUCAAUGACCUAUUAAAUUGGGGCUUGGUGCUUUUCCACCUUCCCCCUCUGAGUGAAAGCCAAGGAAUGGGGGAAGAGCGGGAACUUCGCCGCAGAAGUGGGGCAGGAAUGGUGAAAGGCCCUGGGCCCAGAGAGGCUGGUGGGUCCCUCUCCCAAAGGCAGGCAGACAGUUUCUGCUUCGCCUUAGACCUUGGUGCUGGGGGUGGGGAGGUCUGGGGGGUUACUCUCCACUCCCAUUCCCCUUCCUUUGUCCUAAUCCUGGAAUUAAGUAAAGGGGUUUAUAGGUUCUAUUUCUUCCCAAGAGCCCUGCAAAGAACCCCAGUCUCCUAUUUGGCUGCCCUACACUGUUGUGUUUCAGUGGAAUGUAUUUUCAUUUAAAAACAACUUGCAAUGGGGCCCUUUUUUUUUUUCCUGUUUUAAAAAUUGAAAAAUUCUUACAGUACAAACAGGACUGUCAGGGUGGGGGUGUUGGUGCUGUAAGAGGUCACUCUUGAGUGCAUUUUGGCACUGGGAUGGGAUGGCUGGGGUGGGAAGACCCCCGUCCCCACCCCCAACUUUUUUUCUAAUAUUUAAAGAGUGUUUUGUAGGAUUCAACAACAACCACAACUUGAAUUUGUAUCAUGGGAGGUGGGAGGGAGUGGCUUAGAGGUGUCUGCCUAUGCUUAAAGCCAACUGUGGAAGUUUUGUUUUCCCUUUUUUGUAUAAUAAAGUGAAAAACAAA